AUGAACUCAACUGAAUUCAGUGAAGAUGUAGAAGAAGUUCUAAAAAAUAACACUGUGAAAGUGGAGACAGAGGCCGAAGAUGCUGCCCUGGACUGCUCGGUGAGCUCCAGGUCUUCCGAGAAGCACCCUCUGGACAGCGUCUUCACUGCCCUCCAGGAUUCCAGCAAGCGAAAGCAGCCGGGCGGCGAUGGCCAGCCUGACUCUGUCCCCAGCGUGAAGAGGCGGCGGCUGAUUCCCGAGGCCCUCCUAGCAGGCAUGCGGAACCGGGAGAACAGCUCGCCCUGCCAGGGCAACGGGGAGCAGGCCAGCAGGGGCAAGAGCCUGGGCUCGGCGUGGCCCGGCGAGGAGGAGCCCUGCAACGACGUGAGCACGCCGUCCUACAAGAAGCCUCUGUAUGGCAUCUCGCACAAGAUCAUGGAGAAGAAGAACCCUCCCGCCGGCGACGUGCUUAGCACGUACGAGCUCUUCGACAAGGCCAACUCCAGCAACAGCCCAUCGCCGCUGCGGCUCCUGAACGAGCCACAGAAGCGGGACUGCGGCAGCGCCGCGGCGGCCACUGACGCUGACCCCAACAUCUACUUUCUGAUCCAGAAGAUGUUCUACAUGCUCAACACGCUCUCUUCCAACAUGUCGCAGCUGCACAGCAAGGUGGACCUGCUCUCCCUGGAGGUGAGCCGCAUCAAGAAGCAGGUGAGCCCCACCGAGAUGGUGGCCAAGUUCCAGCCGCCCCCCGAGUACCAGCUCACGGCGGCGGAGCUCAAGCAGAUCGUGGACCAGAGCCUGUCGGGCGGCGACCUGGCCUGCCGCCUGCUGGUGCAGCUCUUCCCCGAGCUCUUCAGCGACGUGGACUUCUCGCGCGGCUGCAGUGCGUGCGGCUUCGCGGCCAAGCGGAAGCUGGAGUCGCUGCACCUGCAGCUCAUCCGCAACUACGUGGAGGUCUACUACCCCUCGGUGAAGGACACGGCCGUGUGGCAGGCCGAGUGUCUGCCCCAGCUGAACGACUUCUUCAGCCGCUUCUGGGCCCAGCGGGAGAUGGAGGACAGCCAGCCCGGCGGCCAGGUGGCCGGCUUCUUCGAGGCCGAGCAGGUAGACGCCAGCCACUUCCUGGACAGCAAGGACCAGGAGGAGGCCCUGUCCCUGGACCGGAGCAGCACCAUCGCCUCAGACCACGUGGUGGACACGCAGGACCUCACCGAGUUCCUGGACGAAGCGUCGUCCCCCGGCGAGUUCGCUGUCUUCCUCCUGCACCGGCUCUUCCCCGAGCUCUUCGAUCACCGGAAGCUGGGCGAGCAGUACAGCUGCUACGGGGACGGCGGGAAGCAGGGGCUGGACCCUCAGCGGCUGCAGAUCAUCCGCAACUACACGGAGAUCUACUUCCCCGACAUGCAGGAGGAGGAGGCCUGGCUGCAGCAGUGCGCCCAGCGCCUCAACGACGAGCUCGAGGGCCUGGCGCUGGACGGCGGCAGUGAGGGCGAGCCCGCGCGCGACGACUGCUACGACUCCUCCAGCCUGCCCGACGACGUCUCCGUGGUCAAGGUGGAAGACAGCUUCGAGGGCGAGCGGCCGGGCCGGCGCUCCAAGAAGAUCUGGCUGGUGCCCAUCGACUUCGACAAGCUGGAGAUCCCGCAGCCUGACUUCGAGGUGCCGGGCGCCGACUGCCUGCUGAGCAAGGAGCAGCUGCGCAGCAUCUACGAGAGCAGCCUGUCCAUUGGCAACUUCGCCUCGCGCCUGCUGGUGCACCUCUUCCCCGAGCUCUUCACGCCCGAGAACCUGCGCAAGCAGUACAACUGCAGCGGCUCCCUGGGCAAGAAGCAGCUGGACCCGUCCCGCAUCAGGCUCAUCCGCCACUACGUGCAGCUGCUCUACCCGCGCGCCAAGAACGACCGCGUCUGGACGCUGGAGUUCGUGGGCAAGCUGGACGAGCGCUGCCGGCGCCGGGACACGGAGCAGCGGCGCUCCUACCAGCAGCAGCGCAAGGUCCACGUGCCGGGCCCCGAGUGCCGGGACCUGACGAGCUAUGCAGUCAACCCCGAGAGGUUCCGAGAGGAAUUCGAGGGGCCCCCGCUGCCCCCCGAAAGAAGCAGCAAGGACUUCUGCAAGAUACCCCUGGACGAGCUGGUGGUUCCCUCGCCCGACUUCCCGGUGCCUUCGCCGUACCUGCUGUCGGACAAGGAGGUGCGCGAGAUCGUGCAGCAGAGCCUCUCAGUGGGCAACUUCGCCGCCCGGCUCCUGGUCAGGCUCUUCCCGGAACUCUUCACCGCCGAGAACCUCCGGCUGCAGUACAACCACUCGGGCGCCUGCAACAAGAAGCAGCUGGACCCCACGCGGCUGAGGCUCAUCCGGCAUUACGUGGAGGCCGUGUACCCGGUGGAGAAGAUGGAGGAGGUAUGGCACUACGAGUGUAUCCCGAGCAUCGACGAGCGGUGCCGCCGCCCCAACAGGAAAAAAUGCGACAUCCUGAAGAAAGCCAAGAAGGUGGAGAAGUGAUGGGCGCGCCGGGGACUGAGCGUUCUGGCGGAGCGCGCCAGCGGGAUCCACGGACACGCACCUUAUGUCGGUGGGGAGUGGCUCACUGCAUUUGCACACGUCGACACCACCCAGCCACAGGAAAGAAGCCUUGCGUUUGGUCUCCCACUCACGACUUUCAGUCCCGUGUCCCAGGGGUGCAGCCAGAGUCCGGGAGAGCGGAGCCGUGAGAGCAGAGAGGCC